AUGGUCGAGGGAGCCGCGUUUGGGAUUCCAGUGAACGUGAACACAUCCGCACAGAACUCUCCGGGGCCUCUGCAUCCACAGGGGAGACCCAGUGCGGCCGGUGCAGCCAGUGCGGCCGGUGGGGCUGUUAAUGUACCCGCUCGGUCACCCAAUGGAGCCGCUGGAGUAGGUGCGAGGGGGCAGCCCGGUGGGGAGAUUGACGUGUCGCGGCUGGAUCCGCAGCAGAGACAGCGGCUACUCUUACAACAGCGCGCCAUGCAGCAACAGAGACAGCAGCAGGCUCUGCAGAACUACGAGGCACAGUUCUACCAGCUGCUUGCGAUCCACAACAAGAAACCGAAGCGACUGUACAAUUUUGCAGAGAACACAGACGAUAUACUAGCCAAAUACGAACAAUACCGGCCAAGCUUCGAGUUCCACAUCUACGAAAGUAACUACAAGAUAUGCGCUCCAGCGAAUACAAGACUACAACAGCAGCAGAGUGCUCCGGAACUGUCCAACGAUGGUCUCGUACUUAACAAGAACAACCAAACGCUCAAGGAGUUUUUGGAGUACGUAGCGAGAGGAAGAAUACCAGAGGCCAUAAUGGAGGUUCUCAGGGACUCUAACAUUCAAUUCUACGAGGGGAACCUGAUCCUACAAGUUUACGACCACACAAACACCGUGGAUGUUGCACCCAGGUCAAAACCACCAAGUGUCGCUCCAACAGGUGUCCCGCCAACAAGCAUCCCACCACAAACACCGGGCCAGGGCAGCGUGGCGCCCAGUAACGCAACGUCACAAAGUGCAGUAAAGACAGAGAACCCAAAUGUGACGACAAAGAAAGAACAAAACACUUCGACUUCGACUCCUGAACCGCAGGGGAAAACUUUGAAACGACCUAGAGUAUACCGUACCCUUUUGAAACCCAACGAUUUAACAAGGUAUUACGAUAUGAUGACAUUGGCGGACCAGGCGAGGUUCUCCGACAGUAUAUACCAGCAGCUUGAGGCAGAAGUACUUUGCCUGACCAAACGAAAUUUAAACCUCGAGGUCAACCUGAACCCUUACGAACACAGGGACAAACUGGAUGUCAGCAAAGUUUUCACAGAACCCAUAUGUGAUGAGGAUACUGGUAAAGUAACGUUCAAACACAGGGAGGAGUCCACAAGACCAGGGACAAAGGGAGUUGUAGGGCACAUUGAAGAACAUGAAGACCUGCCCCAGCAUAGCUCCAACUAUGAGCAGCUGAUGCUCAUUAUGAAUGACAGAACAACAAGCUCUACAAACUCUACAUUUGCUGCAGCACUCGCGAAGCAGGUAUCAAACUCCAAUUCCAAUAAUUCAGAUUCCUUGCUCAACUCGAGUGGGAGCAGGAACUCGACGGCGUCAUCCGGGAACAGCACUGGAUCGAAACAAAGCGCAAAGAGUAAUCAGGUCGCUAUAGCAGCAGCAGCUGCCGCUGCAGCGGUUGGGUCCAUGAAUGAAAAUAACCAAUUCAGCAGGUUGAAAUUCAUCGAACAGUGGAGACUGAAUAAGGAGAAAAGGAAGCAACAACAGCAAAGCCUUGGGAUGAAAGGUGCCAAUGCGCAGUUUGACACCAAGAUAUCGAUGACUUUACCAUUGAACCCACAGCAACAGCUCUUACAGCAACAACAGCAGCAGCAGCAACAACAGCAACCGAACAACCAGAAAAAUACUAAACGGGGUGCUAACAAGGACGGUAAACCGAAGCCGAAGAAGCCAAGGAAGACCAAAAAAACCGCUGCAACAGAUGGAGGAGGUGAGCCCACGCCAAAGAAGAAGAGGCCCGCCAAGAAGAAACAAACUCCGGCGGACACUCAGCCGUCAUCAACAACAAACACACCUUCUUGA